AUGGAUGCUGAAUUGUUGGAAUUGCAGCGACAGUUCGAGUUUGCUCAGCAGGUGAAGUCAAGCGUCAGAUUAUCGGAUCGAAAUGUCGUCGAAUUGGUUCAGAAGCUACAGGAGCUUGGAGUUAUCGACUUCGAUCUGCUUCAUACCGUCACCGGGAAAGAAUACAUCACUCAGGAGCAAUUGAGGAGUGAAAUUGCUAGCGAGAUCAGUAAAUUGGGGCGUGUCUCUGUCAUUGACCUGGCAGAUACGAUUGGGGUUGAUUUAUAUCAUGUUGAGAAGCAAGCACAAGAUGUGGUCUUGAAUGAUCCAGGGCUAAUGCUAGUCCAGGGAGAAAUCAUAUCACAAACUUAUUGGGAUUCAAUUGCAGAAGAAAUCAACGAGAGGCUCCAAGAAUGCAGCCAAAUUGCUGUGGCUGAACUUGCUGGUCAGUUACAGGUUGGCUCUGAGUUGGUGCAAUCCGUUUUAGAGCCUCGACUUGGAACUUUGGUGAAAGCAAGGCUAGAAGGUGGACAGUUAUAUACUCCUGCUUAUGUAGCACGUGUUACCGCUAUGGUUCGAGGUGCUGCUAGGGGUAUUUUUGUUCCCUCCAAUUUGUCAGCAUUGUGGACGCCAUUACAACAUUUGGUACAAGAAAUGAAUGGAGCCAGUGGAGUUGCUGUUGAGAAUUCAUUUUUCCAGUCUAUAUUUAACCGACUGUUGAAGGAAGAGGAGAUGCUUGGAUCACUGCGUGCUGGCACCCAUUGGACUCCUAGUGUUUUUGCAAUUGCUCAAAAGGAAUGCGUAGACUCUUUCUUUUCACAGAAUUCCUAUAUCCCAUAUGAAACCAUGCAGAAGCUUGGCAUUUCUCAAGCCGUGCAGUUCUUACAGUCUAGAUAUCCAGAUGGUAAACCUUUAUCUGCUGUAUUUAUUCACUCCUCAAUGAUUGAGAUGCUGGAUUCUGCAACCGAGGAUGCUGUUGAACAGAACAGUUGGAUCGAUGCCCUCUCUGUGUUGCCUGCAUCAUUCACGUCACAGGAUGCAAACAAGAUGUUGCUUCUUUGUCCUUCCGUCCAAUCAGCUCUCAAGACUGAGAAAGGACUUAUCCUGGGUGAUUCAUUUGUCCUAAGCAGUGGGUUCAUUAAGGGCAUAUAUGACCAAAUUGAGAAAGAGGCAGAAGCUUUCAGCAUCCAAGCUUCUACUGCUAGUUUAAUAGAUCAUUCAAACAAAUCUUCAGAGUCGACAGAAAGCAUACCUGCUAAUACAGAUAAAGGAUCAAAGAAGAAAAAAGGCAAGUCUGUCAGCAAGAACACAGUUACUGUUGAAACUGUUCCGGAUGAUGAAGAGGACGCCCGUCCUAAAUCUAAGAGGAACCAGAAGAAAGGUAGGGAUUCAUCGUCUUCGCAGAAGUUGGACUCGAAAGCAGGAGGCAAGAAAGAGCCGGUUAAGGGGCAAGAAGGUAAUAACAAUAUUCCGCCAGACGGAUGGGUGAUGAAAAAGAUCGUCGAAUCUGUGCCUGAAUUUGAAGAUGACGGUAUGGAGAACCCAGAUUCAAUUCUCAAGCAUUUAGCUGAUCAUAUGAAACCUAUGCUCAUUAAUUCACUAAAGGAGAGAAGAAAGAAAAUCUUCACUGAAAAUUCAGAUAGAAUGAGGCGCUUGAUGGAUGAUCUUCAGAAAAAGCUUGAUGAGUCUUUCCUAAAUAUGCAGCUGUACGAAAAGGCGCUAGAGCUUUUUGAAGAGGACCAAUCGACUUCAGUUGUUUUACAUAGGCAUCUGCUGAGAACAACAGCAGCUACAAUUGCUGAUGCACUUCUUCAUGACUUGGACAUCCACAACAAACUCAAGAAUGGUAUCGAAGUUGGAGAUGCCAAAGCUCAAGAUCUAGUUUUGCUUGAUUCUUCUGAAAGAACGGCACUUGCUAAAAAUCUCAGUGGUUCACUCCUGAAAAAGGCCCUUGCAUUAGUUGAAGCAUUGGAAGGGAAGCGAGUAGACGCUUUCAUGACCACCUUCAGAGAUCUGGCAGAGGAAAGUGGAUUGGUCUUGAAAAAGCUCGACAAAAAACUUGAAAGGACUCUCCUACAUGCAUACCGUAAGGAUUUGAUCUCUCAAGUAUCUACUGAAUCAGACCCUGUUGCACUUCUCGCUAAAGUGGUCUCUCUACUUUAUAUUAAGGUUCACAAUAAAGCUUUGCAAGCCCCAGGUAGAGCUAUUGCCGCGGCGAUUUCACACUUGAAGGAUAAACUAGAUGAAUCUGCGUACAAGACUCUGACGGAUUACCAGACAGCAACUGUAACUCUUCUUGCUCUUAUGUCGGCUUCAUCCGGCGAGGAACAUGACUGCUCCGCGGACAGAAUCCUGACAAAACGGGAAUUUCUGGAGAGCCAAAUGCCAAUCCUCAGAGCCCUUGUCCUGGGCGACUCACAGCCACAACAAUCCUAG